AUGCAGACGGUAGAGAUUGAUGGAUCCAAACUCUAUGCAACAAUUGAUUUAGAUAAGGCACGUGUCGGGCGAACUAGAAUGAUAGAAAAUCAACCCAACAACCCUCGAUGGGUCGAGUCCUUCAAAAUAUAUUGUGCCCAUCAUAUCUCAAAUAUAGUAUUCACAGUCAAAGAUGAUAACCCUGUUGGUGCAACACUAAUUGGAAGAGCUUAUGUACCAGUUGGAGAUGUUAUAAGAGGGUCACAGGUUGAAAGAUGGGUGGAUAUACUAGAUCGUGAAAACCAGAAUCCCAGAUAUUCUAAAAUCCGUGUUAAGUUGCAAUUUUUUAAUGUGAAUGAAGACAUUCAUUGGUCUAAGGGAAUCAGAACUCCCGACUGGGGAGUUCCUCGCACAUUCUUCAAGCAAAGACAGGGUUGCAAAGUUUCCCUAUACCAAGAUGCCCAUGUCUCAGCAGAUUUCCCCAUAACAACCAUUGAAGGACAAAAUUAUAUGCCUCAGAGAUGUUGGGAAGACAUCUUUGAUGCAAUCAAGAAUGCAAGACACAUAAUUUAUAUAGCUGGAUGGUCUGUAUAUACCAAGAUAACCUUGAUAAGGGAUCCGAAAAGGCCAAAGCAAGAAGGCAACUUGACAUUGGGGGAGCUGCUUAAGAAAAAGGCUAAUGAAGGUGUCCUGGUUCUCAUGCUUGUUUGGGAUGAUAGAACCACUGUCAAGGAACUUAAGAACGAUGGUUUGAUGGCAACUCACGAUCAAGAAACUGAGGAAUACUUUCAAAACACGAAAGUGAAUUGUUUUUUAUGCCCUCGUAACCCUGACGAUGGGAAGAGCAUAGUUCAAGGUUUCGAAAUUUCUAACAUGUUUACUCACCACCAAAAGAUCGUAGUUGUUGAUAAGGAAGUGUCUAGUGGAGGAUCACAAAAGCGGAGGAUUGCAAGUUUCAUUGGUGGUAUUGAUCUUUGUGAUGGGAGAUAUGAUACAGGAGCACAUCCUUUAUUUAGUACUCUGAGCACAAUCCACCAUGAUGAUUUCCAUCAACCAAAUUUUCCAGGGGCUUCAAUCAAUAAAGGUGGUCCAAGGGAGCCCUGGCAUGACAUUCAUUGCCAACUGGAAGGGCCUGUUGCUUGGGAUGUUCUAAAAAAUUUUGAGCAAAGGUGGAUAAAACAAGUAGGGGACAAGUUUCCAAUUCCACCAAUCAAGGUCUAUGGAAUUGAGACGGACCCAUCACCAGUUACAUUAACAACCGACUCUGAGACGUGGAAUGUUCAAAUCUUUCGAUCCAUUGAUGGUGGGGCCGUUUCCGAUUUUCCUGAAAAACCUGAGGUUGCAUCUGCAGCGGGCCUUGUUAGUGGGAAGGACAGUGUCAUCGAUCGGAGCAUUCAAGAUGCAUACAUCAAUGCUAUUCGUCAAGCCAAGAAAUUCAUCUAUAUCGAGAACCAGUAUUUCUUAGGAAGCUCAUUCAACUGGAGAUCAAAGGACAUCAAGGUUGAGGAUAUUGGUGCUUUGCAUCUAAUACCAAAAGAGCUCUCACUAAAGAUUGUGAGUAAGAUUGAAGCAGGGGAGGAAUUUGCUGUCUACAUUGUGAUCCCCAUGUGGCCAGAAGGUCUACCUGAGAGUGCUUCUGUUCAGGCAAUACUAGAUUGGCAAAGGAGGACUAUGGAAAUGAUGUAUUCUGAUAUCUCUGAAGCCCUUCAAAGAAAAGGAAAUGAUGCCAAACCCCAGGACUAUCUGAAUUUCUUCUGUCUUGGGAAUCGGGAGGGAAGGAAAUCUGGAGAGUAUGUACCUCCAGAGAAACCAGAACUUAACAGUGAUUAUAGUAGAGCUCAGGAGGCUCGUCGCUUCAUGAUAUAUGUUCAUGCAAAAAUGAUGAUAGUUGACGAUGAGUACAUAAUCAUCGGAUCCGCCAACAUCAACCAAAGGUCAAUGGAUGGAGCAAGGGACUCUGAGAUUGCAAUGGGGGCAUUCCAACCAUAUCAUUUAACCUCCAACGUACUUGCCAAUGGGCAGAUCCACGCAUUCAGAAAGGCAUUGUGGCAAGAGCAUCUUGGUGGGUUUCACAAGUUUUAUCUGAAUCCAGAAAACAAGUCAUGCAUCGAAAAGGUGAAGGGUCAGGCCCGAAGAAACUGGGAAUCAUAUACAAAGGAGAAAUCCGAUGGAGAUAUGGAAGGUCACCUACUACCCUACCCAGUCCAGGUUACGAACAGUGGAGAGAUUACUACAUUGCAAGGGUUUGAGUUCUUCCCUGACACCAAGGCUCGUGUUCUGGGUACUAAGUCUGAAUACCUUCCUGCAAUCCUCACCACCUAGCUAGUGGCCGACAUGCCCACCAGAUCAAUAAUAACCGGCCACCUGCCACGUGUAAUUCUCAUUUCUUUAGAGUUA